AUGGCGUCCACUGAGCAGCAGUCCCUGCUCGACUUGACAGAUAAGGAGACACGGGAGAAGCUGUCACUAUGGGACAGGGGAUCGGACUCCACGGCCGCUCUCACGGACAAGCAGACGGACUCGGUGCUGGAGAUCCGAGCCGCAGCUGAGACGCUCGCUAUCCCCUCUGAGUUACCCAUCGAGGACCUGGGCAGCCUUUCAUCUCGCCCCCUUCAGUCUCCUUUCACUGCCACCGUGCCCCAUUCGACAGAGGAUGUUCUCCACAAAGGCUUCCAGAUGCUUAAAAUGGAUAAUGAACGGAUAGAGACUGCACAACAAUUUUUUGCCUGGUUUGCCAAGUUGCAAGCCCACAUGGACCAGAAUGAAAGUGCCAAGUACAGGCAAACACGAGAUGAGCUGAACUGCUACCAGGAGCAGUGUGACGCCAUCUUGAAAGAUGUCAGUGCUGCUCUGGAGCAGCUGGAUUCCCUACAAAAACAGUACUUGUUUGUAUCCAACAAGACAGGAACUUUACAUGAGGCCUGUGAACAACUUUUAAAAGAACAAGCAGAGCUUGUUGACCUUGCAGAAAACAUACAGCAGAAACUCUCCUAUUUCAAUGAGCUGGAACACAUAAACAAGAAACUGAACUCCCCCAUUUUGUCUGUAAAUAAUGAAGGCUUUAUACCGAUGCUCUCCAAACUAGACGACUGCAUUGAUUAUGUUUCUUCACACCCUAAUUUCAAGGACUACCCUGUUUACCUGGCCAAGUUCAGGCAGUGUCUCACCAAAGCCAUGCACCUGAUGAAAGUCCACAUUGUAAACGCAAUGCAAAACCUCUCAAGCACUUUAACAAAAGGGGAUCCAAUGGGUUUGGCAAAUGCCGACAACGCCUUUACACUUUACUAUGUCAGAUUUAGAGCAGCUGCACCCAAAGUUCGAUCACUUAUAGAACAAAUAGAAAAGCGGGCAGCCAAGAUUCCAGAAUACCAUCACCUGUUGGAUGAAAUCCACCAGUGUUACCUGGACCAGAGAGAGCAGCUCCUCAGUCCCAGCAUUACUUCCACCAUCACAGAUCUGACCCAGCAGAACAGCAAAGAUCACUGUGCCCUGGUCCGCAGCGGUUGUGCCUUCAUGGUUCAUGUGUGCCAGGAUGAGCAUCAUCUUUACAAUGAGUUCUUUUCCAGGCCCACACCAAAACUUGACGAGCUUCUGGAGAAGUUGUGUUUGUCUCUGUACGACGUUCUGCGCCCUCUAAUCAUCCACAUCAUCCAUCUGGAAACGCUGUCAGAGCUUUGUGGCAUCCUUAAAACCGAGAUGCUGGAAGACCACGUUCACCACAACGCCGGCCAGCUGGGAGCCUUUGAUGCACUGGUCAAGCAGAUGUUGGAGGACGUGCAGGAGAGACUCGUCUACAGGACUCACAUUUACAUCCAGACGGACAUCACCGGCUACAAGCCCGCCCCGGGGGAUCUCGCCUAUCCCGAAAAACUGGAGAUGAUGGAGAGAAUCGCUCAGAGUUUGAAGGAAGAAGAGAUGAAGCAAACGUCUCAAGCGGCCAGCUUUUCCGAUGUUCAGCUGGAGGAGUCAGACGGGAGGCGAAACAGUAACGCGGGGAAAACAGAGCCCUCCCGUAUGCAGGCAUCCGUCUCACCUGCCGAUUUGCAUGGCAUGUGGUACCCGACGGUCAGGCGGACGCUGUUAUGCCUGUCCAAGCUGUACAGAUGUAUUGAUAGAGCAGUCUUCCAAGGUUUAUCUCAAGAAGCCUUAUCUGCUUGCAUCCAGUCCCUGCUGAGUGCCUCUGAUAGCAUCCUUAAGAACAAGACGCAAAUAGACGGGCAGCUUUUCCUGAUCAAGCACCUGCUGAUCAUGCGCGAACAGAUCGCUCCAUUUCACACUGAUUUCGCCAUCAAGGAGAUCUCGCUGGACCUGAAGAAAACGCGAGACGCUGCCUUCAAAAUCCUAAACCCCAAGGCUGUUCCUAAAUUCUUCCGGCUUAACAGUCACAACGCCAUUUUGGAAUUCCUGUUGGAGGGAACCCCCGAGAUAAAAGAGCACUACAUCGACUCCAAGAAAGAUGUGGACCGGCACCUGAAGUUCAGCUGUGAGCAGUUCAUUCAGCAGCAGACUCAGAUCUUCACGGGGAACCUUGAGGAGUUUCUCACCAAGGUUGCAGAGCUGAAAAACACGGCCAUUCAUGGCGGCCCUGCGUAUACGCUGUCCAAGCAGCCGUGGGCUCAGCCCGCAAAGAUCAACGAUCUAGUGAUGGCAACCUACCGGGUGAUGAAGAACAAGCUGCCGAGCACGCUGCAGAGCAUGUCCUUGUACUUGGCCAACAGAGACACCGAGUUCAUCCUUUUCAAGCCUGUGCGGAAUAACAUCCAGCAGGUAUUCCAAAGGCUACACACUUUGCUCCAGGAGGAAUACAGUGGCGAAGACCUCCAAAUCAUCGCAUGUCCGUCAGCAGAGCAGAUUAACCUGCUGCUGUCUGUGAAUAAGUAA